AAACAAGAAAAACAAACGAGCCCAUGGAGGAGUGAGCUGUAAAGUUCUGGCCCCGCAUCCGAUGGCUCGGAUGCUUUGUCCUGGUCAACGGGACACGUAAAGCGGGUUUUAUCGAGCGGUAUUUUCGGGCACAUAGAGAGGCCGAUGUGCGGAGUGGCAGCGUCGGUGUGGAGUGAGCGCUGCGCGGAGGGGAGAUCCAGCGCAAGCCAGCAAGCGGCCUAACUAACACACAGCCAGCGCUUUUAUGUCGAUGGGACACCCUUAAUUGCACUUUUCAGAGAAUCUUGGGCGUAUUCCCCAUCUGAAUGACAACAUUUACCGUCGUUUGGCAUGUCUGACAUACUUUAAUCGGAGCCUCUUAGCCGCCUGGCUAACGGAUUAGAUUGACACUUUGGUUAGCUCGUUAGCCGCUAAACAAGUUUUUAAAGUGAUUUAACAUACCUAUAUUUGUGUAAUGCAGGCCGCGUCGAAGGAAGGGGUGACGCUUCAGCUAACGUUACCGUUUUUAUUCUGAAACGGUUCGGUUGUGAAGUUUUAAGACUGUAAAAUCAGUUGUUUGUGUUUUUAAUGAUUAGCUGGCUAGCGAGCUAGCGAUGUCAAUGCCCUCCGCCGAUAUGCUGGAAACACCGCCUAUGUACCCUUUUGAGGAGAUAGAAUAUGCUGAUAUUGAGGUGGAAGAGGUGGUGGGCAGAGGGGCGUUUGGUGUUGUGUGCAAGGCCAAGUGGAAAGGCAGAGAUGUGGCCAUCAAGACUAUUGAAAGUGAAUCAGAGAGAAAUGCCUUCAUUGUUGAGCUUCGCCAGUUGUCUCGUGUAAAUCAUCCCAACAUUGUGAAGCUGUAUGGUUCCUGCAGUAACCCUGUAUGUCUGGUGAUGGAAUAUGCAGAGGGGGGUUCAUUGUAUAAUGUGUUGCACGGUGCAGAGCCGCUCCCUCACUACACUGCAUCUCAUGCCAUGAGCUGGUGCCUGCAGUGUUCUCAGGGGGUCUCGUAUCUCCACGGAAUGAAACCAAAGGCUCUCAUUCACAGGGACCUCAAACCUCCCAAUCUGCUUCUGGUUGCUGGAGGUACUGUACUGAAGAUCUGUGACUUCGGGACAGCAUGUGACAUCCAGACACACAUGACUAACAACAAGGGAAGCGCAGCCUGGAUGGCCCCAGAGGUGUUUGAAGGCAGUAACUACAGUGAGAAGUGUGACGUGUUCAGUUGGGGUAUCAUUCUCUGGGAGGUGAUCACACGUCGGAAGCCCUUCGAUGAAAUUGGUGGCCCUGCUUUCCGCAUCAUGUGGGCUGUGCACCGCGGCACGCGACCACCUCUCAUAAAGAACUUACCAAAGCCCAUAGAGAGUCUGAUGAAUCGUUGCUGGUCCAAAGACCCAUCGCAGCGGCCUUCCAUGGAGGAGAUAGUGAAGAUUAUGAGCCACCUCAUGAGGUAUUUCCCAGGAUCAGAAGAGCCUCUUCAGUACCCAUAUCAGUAUUCAGAUGAAGGCCAGAGUAACUCUGCCACCAGCACAGGCUCAUAUAUAGAUUAUACAUGUACCAGCAACAAGAACGACAUCAACAUGGAGCACACCAACUCCCCUGGCAGCAACGAUACCAUCAAGUUCCCAUAUAAACCAAAGGGCGACCCCUUAAGGCCCGGCCACCCCCUCUCCAGAGGCAGCAGCGUAGAGAGUCUUUCUGGCCGGUCACAUUGUCUCGCUUCAUCCGACAGCAAACGAAUGAGUGCCGAUCUCUCCGAACUGGAGCACAGAUUACCCUUUGCUCCCGCAGCACGUCCACAAUAUAAGCGAGGUCACCGUAAAACGGCAUCACAUGGCACCAUUCUGGAUAUUCCCAAGAUCAUCAUCACAGCGACCUGUGAGCCUCAUAGACGCAGAUCAGUGCAGGAUCUUCCUGCCAUUGGUACAGAAUCCAGUCAGGAUAGCAGAAACAACAGCAGAUCAUCCAGCCCCAGUGUGAGGAUGAUUACGCCAGACAGGACAGACACCAAUGGCUCAGAUAACUCCAUCCCCAUGGCCUACCUGACCCUGGACCAUCAGUUACAGCCUCUGGCCCCCUGUCCAAACUCCAAAGAAUCAAUGGCAGUGUUUGAGCAGCACUGUAAGAUGGCACAGGAGUACCUGAAGGUGCAGACUGAGAUCGCUCUUCUCAUACAGAGGAAGAAAGAGCUGAUAGCAGAACUGGAUCAAGACGAGAAGGAUCAGCAGAACGCAUGUCGCCUCGCUCAGGAGCACAAGAAGCUCUUAGAGGAGAACAAGAGUCUGUCCACCUACUACCAGCAGUGCAAGAAGCAACUGGAGCUGAUCCGAGCGCAGCAGCAAAAGAGACAGGGCACCUCGUGAACCCCUUUCAUUAUGGCUGACUCGUAUAAUCAGGAGUCCCCAUUAUCUCGUCCACCCCGAUCCAAACAUUGGGGUUAGCUAUAGUUUGGCCCAGAAACCCCCUUAUUCUGCCUAAAACCAACCCACCCCGGCCACCCAUGCUCAUAUGUGCCCAUAAAACCUGAAGAUGGUAACUGUAUGACCUAUACUCCACAGUGACCAUGGGCCAUUUCCGCCCCAUGCAAACGGUUCUGAGACCCUGCGCUCCUCGACUGCACAAGCAUGCUGCGUUGCAUGUACCCGUGAGUCUGCGGCAGGAUAUACAAUAGCAGGGACACGAUUAAAGCCCGGUGGGUGUAAAACACAACCGUUGGCCGUGAUACAUGCAGAAAUCAAGUCUAAACUAGCCAGCAAACAGAGUGUGUCUGCAAACGCGUUUGGGGAACCCGGCAUCUUAUCCCAGGGAUUUUAAAGAGAGGAUGUAAAAGGAACAGAGAUCUCUUGGAAUGUCACUUUUUUUUUUUCUUUCUUCUUCCUCUAACCAUCCCAGAGUUCUCUGUGGGGUUUGCCUAAUUCCUCUCGAUUAGGUGUCGGUCCUUAAGAAUGUGAAAGCAAAGUGGCUUUAAGUUGUAUACAAAAGCUAAUUUUAUCAUUUUUAAAUGUAGGUUUUUAUUUAGCUACAUUCACUUUGUGUAAUUUUUUAUUUGAACCCCUAUUAGGCAAAAAAAAAAAAAAAAAGUGCUACAGGUGUUCCCUCUUUUUUUAAUUGUCUGCCCUAAAAAGUGUUAUAAUGUAUUGAUUUGAAAUCGGGGGAUGUAUUUUACAUAUGCCUUGCAUGUCGACCUUGUGUUUAUGGACAACCGCGGGUCGAUCUGUGUGUAUGUGCGGCCUCACAAGAAAAAUGCUGUUUGUAAUCCGCUUCCUUUAUUAUAGCGCUCCAAAAUCAUCGCUCUAAAAGAGACCGAAACAAAUGGACUUGAGUGUAUGUGAUUGUGAGUACAAACAUUUUAAUCAUGACUACAGUAUUCUUGUUUCUUUGCUCUGUUGUGUAUCUUUAUCUAACUUUGUAUGGUAAUUUAUCCAGGGUUUUCAGAGAUCCGCUUCAUAGUUUUUUGUUGUAAGUGUGGGAAAGACGCUCUUUCUCUGAGCUUGAUUUAUGUAUUUUUAGUUCACAUGAUGCCUUAGAGUUGAAUUGUUUGCGUUUUACUUGACUUUUUGGCAACGAGACCGCUCACACAUGCCGUGAUUUAAUGCAAUUACGAGUUUAGAAACAUGAAUGAGAGUUUUAAAGGGCUUGCGAAUGCAACCUGAAAUCUGAUGGGUCUGUAUGAUCUUGUCAAUAUGCUGCAGAAAUCAUGAACUCAAGAUGCGGGCAGUCAACACACUCUGGUUCUUUUUAGUUAGGUUUCUUGUUCUUACCACUAGUUUUUCAUCCCUGUACUUCAUUUAAGAUUUUGAAAGAAAAAUCAGCCGUAUUGUUACAUAGUAUGAAUUCCUUUUUAGAUAUCACACUUUGUUUACUUCGUUUUCCCCAACACACCCUCCUCCCAGGUUUUUGCACAAUCCCGACUGGUUAUCACUGAUUACAUAUAUACCGAGGAAAUCUUGAGCAGGGUAAAGACACAUUUGGAUGUUCAAGAUCUUUAAGCAAGUUUCUGCAAAUCUUUGUUUAACAGGAAAGUGGUGUUAUUAUUUUUUUCUUCCGAGUUCAAUGAUGAGUUUCUGUACUAUGUGCUGUAAAUAAGAUGUCUGAUUUCUUAAGCUGUUGGGAACGGGAAUACACAGGUGAAGGUCGCAUCUUGAAAUAAAUGGAACAGGUAAACAUCA